AAAACAACUGAAAUCAUGGUUCCCCCAAUCAACUCAUCUGACUAUGAUGACUACAAUGAUUCAGUGGUGAUACCAUCUCAGUCCCCAGUCAUCUAUGAGAUGUAUCAGAUGAGGACUGGCUUGAGAAUAAUGUAUGUGUCGGUCUACGCAGCCAACCUUCUACUGGGUCUACUGCUCAACGCUGCCGUCAUCUUCAUGAUUGUCUGGAAAUACAGGUCCAAGAAGAAACUGAGUCGACGGAUGUUGAUCAUUGGCUUGGCUGCCACCCACCUCAUCUUCUGCCUCUUCACUCCACUUUACUUGAUCACAGCCUGGAACUACUUCUCCUGGACAUUUGGGAAGGUUGUCUGCAAGUUGGGGUCCUUUGUGAUGUUUAUGAACAUGUUCUCUGCCUCAGUGAUGAUCACUUUCUGGAAUGUGCGCUGGUGUGUCCCCAGAUGUUUUGAACAUCACAUGUCCAGCAGCAUGGUUCUACUGUCCUGGUUCACUGGGGCCAUACUAAGCGCCCCCUCUUUACUGUCCAGGGAGGUUCAGUAUACUGCCGAUGGACACCUCUGCCUUGACAACUAUGAUUAUACUGAACAACGCCAGAUCUCUAAAGAGGGUAAGGAGAGAAUGAUGGCUGUGGUGACCUGUCGCUUAAUUUUCGGGCUGCUGCUCCCUUUGGGUGUGACGUGUGUCAGCCGUUGCUGCAUUAACAGCAGGGGAAAUAACCAAGUGAAGUCAUUGGUUAUUCGACCUGUGACUAUUGCCCAUUUCCUAUGCUGGGCUCCUGUCCUCUGUCUAUCUAUGCCGCAAAUCGCAAUGGGCAUAGACAACAAAUGGUUCAGAUACGUAUUGCCCUUAGCCACUGCCCUGUCAGUCUUAAACAGCUGCAUCUAUCCUAUCAUCUGCAUCUGGCAAGGAAAUAAAGAACUUAAGCAUAACUUUCGCUCACAGCCUGAGACAGAGGACGAAGGAGAGGAGGGCCAUGAGAUGACUUGCCUGGAUAGGGAGGACAAUGUCCUUGAACAGUAAUGGGAAUACAACAUACUUUUCCAGCUUGAAAUGUACUUGUAAAUGUCAUAUAGAAAUAUUUUGGUCUAUCAUUUUUAUGAAUUGUAUACUCACAGUAUGCACAGUAUAAUUACACAUUUUUUAAUAUUUUUUAAAAUUUAUUUCACCUUUAUUUAACCAGGUCGGCUAGUUGAGAACAAGUUCUCAUUUGCAACUGCGACCUGGCCAAGAUAAAGCAUAGCAGUGUGAACAGACAACACAG